GAGAUCUUUUUAUUAAUCGGAGGUGGGUGGAUGUAAAAUGAAGGCUCUGUGACCCCCCUAAUUCUGGAGGAAGGAGCUGGUCCCCUUCAGAGGGAGAAGGGAUGAUGACCCCUCUCACAUCCCGGAGCUUUCGAAUUGGGGGUGUCCCCUGCUCCCUCCUUUGCUGCUGCUGACAGAUGGACUAAAGGAAGAACCCCUAAAACCAAGCAGAGUGCCCCCCAAAUCGACAAAAUGAAAAGAUCUUCGAAUCUUUAUAUGAUGAAGAAUUUCCAUCAUUCGCCUCCCCUCGCCAUCCCCUCCUUAUCCCGGUCCUAGGGGGCCCAGCAGGGGAAUGGGUACAUCCUGUGGUCACAGGCUCACCCUCCCACCCCCCUUGGAGGCAGAAACCUGCUAGGACAGUGGAGGUGGUGGUGCUGGUGGUGAGGGGGCACAGAAGCGGGGAGAAGAGGCCGAGAGAUGGAGAGGAGAGGAAACUCAGCGUCUUUCUGGAGAGGAAAGACAGGAAGCGGCCAGAAGUGAGGCCAGGGAGGCCACAGGGAUGUCAGUGUCCAGGGCACUGUUGAAUGGGGCCAGGGCAGGGGCCGUGCGUGGGCAGGCAGGAGUGGAGGUGAGGAGAGAACACACGUGUGGGGCACUAGGCCCAGUUGCCAUGGAGACACCCCCCCCAUAGACAACCUUUCCAACACCCCUCCUUGGAGCAGACCCAGUGAGGGCCAGCUGAUGGGGGCGGAAGAGGCCAAGGUCACCCUGGUACUGGGACCCAGAAUCAGCUGCCGACCAUGGCUGCCUUCUGACCCCGUCCCCGGCCUCAGCCUCCUCCUCGCCGCCCCCUCCCCAGCCCCUGGCCCCGGGCCCCCCACUUCUGCCUGCGCUGUGACCCCCCCAGCCGCCGGCACGGCCCCGCCCCCGCUGCCCCGGUGGUGGCCCACGGCCCCCCGGCUGCCCGUGGUCAAACUGGAGUCGCUGAAGCGCUGGAACGAAGAGAGGGGCCUCUGGUGCGAGAAGGGGGUGCAGGUGUUGCUCACCACGGUGGGCGCCUUCGCAGCCUUCGGCCUCAUGACCAUUGCCAUCAGCACGGACUACUGGCUCUACACACGCGCCUUCAUCUGCAACACCACCAACCUCACGGCUGGCGACGACGGGCCCCACCACCGCGGGGGCAGUGGCUCCUCGGAGAAGAAGGACCCCGGCGGACUCACCCACUCGGGCCUCUGGAGGAUCUGCUGCCUGGAAGGGUUGAAAAGAGGCGUCUGCGUGAAGAUCAACCAUUUCCCGGAGGACACGGACUACGACCAUGACAGCGCGGAGUAUCUGCUCCGAGUCGUCCGGGCCUCCAGCAUUUUCCCCAUCCUCAGCGCCAUCCUGCUGCUGCUCGGGGGCGUGUGCGUGGCGGCCUCCCGGGUCUACAAGUCCAAGAGGAACAUCAUUCUGGGAGCAGGGAUCCUGUUCGUGGCAGCAGGCCUGAGCAACAUCAUCGGCGUGAUCGUGUACAUCUCGGCCAACGCGGGCGAGCCGGGCCCGAAGCGGGACGAGGAGAAGAAGAGCCAUUACUCGUACGGCUGGUCCUUCUACUUCGGCGGGCUGUCGUUCAUCCUGGCCGAGGUGAUCGGCGUGCUGGCCGUCAACAUCUACAUCGAACGCAGCCGCGAGGCGCACUGCCAGUCUCGCUCGGACCUGCUCAAGGCCGGCGGGGGCGCGGGCGGCAGUGGCGGGAGCGGCCCCUCGGCCAUCCUCCGUCUGCCCAGUUACCGCUUCCGCUACCGCCGCCGCUCCCGCUCUAGCUCCCGCUCCAGCGAGCCGUCGCCGUCGCGGGACGCGUCUCCCGGCGGCGCCGGGGGCCCGGGCUUCGCCUCCACGGACAUCUCCAUGUACACGCUCAGCCGCGACCCGUCCAAGGGCAGCGUGGCCGCGGGGCUGGCUAGCGCCGGUGCCGGCGGCGGGGCGUACGGCGGCGCGGCGGGGGGCGCGGGGGGCGGUGGCGGCGGCGGGGCGGGCUCAGAGCGGGACCGCGGGGGGGCGUCCGGCUUCCUCACGCUGCACAACGCCUUCCCCAAGGAGGCGGGCGGCGGCGUCACGGUCACGGUCACCGGGCCGCCCGCCGCGCCUGCGCCCGCCGCGCCCGCGCCCGCCGCGCCAGCCCCCGGGACCCUGGCCAAGGAGGCCGCCGCCUCCAACGGCAACACGCUCAACAGGAAAACCACGCCCGUGUAGGGGCGCGACGGGGGGCGCCGAGGGGGGCGUGUCCGGGGCGCGUGCGCGGGCGCGCGUGCAACGAGGCUGCCGGGGGUCGGGGGUGCCCCCCUCCUUCCCCGUGAGCGCGCUGGAGACUGCUUGGUGCUCCCCCGCGCCCCUCCCCACCUCUCGGGCGUGGGGGAGCGCCCGCCACCCCCUCCGAAUCAGGGACCCUGAGGGAGGGGGAAGGGAAGGGAGGGGGCCGUUGGGAG